AUGCUGAAGCCCUUUCGAAUCAGAGAUCUUCUAAUCCCAACCGAUGAGGAGGAGCUUGAUCACCCCAGAUGUCGUCCACAAGAUGGACAAGACGGUUCAAAGCCGAUUCCUAGAUCACAUACUGAUGGCGAACUGGUGAUGGCUUAUAAGCAGCCUAAUAAUGGUGAUGACGGUAAAUUUUGUCCAUAUUCGACCUACGAUUUGCAAUCAAUCCCGUCUACGGAUGCUGAUGGAAGAACAGCCAAAAAAGGUAUCGACAUCCUGAUCCCAAGCAAGCCACCUUCCGAUCGCAACGACAUGUCCAGCAAUUUAAGGAGAAAUAAGUGGACUAAUGCAACAGUUACUCCAUCGCCAGCAACAGAUCGCCACGGUAUUGUUCGGGUUUCAGCUGAGGAAUACGAUAAAACGAUUGCGGCUCAUCCUCAAUCAAAAUUGACUUACAUGGAUGAGGACGAUGGAGACACAAUUACCGUCUGUUCUGCUUUCGAGCUUAUUGAGCGCCUUAAUGAGCCCGCCCCACCAGCAUUUUAUCAAUCAGCUGUUUCUAGCUAUGACCAAGGACAUGAAGGGCCCAUGCACAUUUUUGAUGUUAAUCGUACAAAAUCUGUAUUGGAUAUAUGGAUAAUUUUCGAGAAAAGGACUGCUAUGGAAAGACGGUUGGAUACCUCUGUAUCAGCUCAUCAUGAAGCCACUUCUGCAAAGACUGUCGAUGGCAAUAGCGACGUCCGUCCAGAGCCCGUAUGCAAGAUAAGCAACAGCAAUGAUCCUAGAGAUCACCGGCUUCAAUCACAGAAUUCCCCUCCAACUCCCCAAACCACAAGGCAUCAAAAUGAAAAUGCAUCAAUUUCCCCAGUCAGCUCGCUUGGCGGUGAUGAAUCGUCCGAACCUCUUGCUUCAAUAGAUGUCAAACCAUCCCAGGAAACUACUUUCAGACACCGUCAUGCCAGGGAUAGUACUUCUGACACUCAGAUAUCCAUCCCAUCGGUGUCCCUUCCGGCAAUAAACCCCUGGGCUUCGGUGGGCACUUGGCCAUCUGGUUUCGAGUCUAACGGUUUAACGCAAAGGGAGCCAGAAAGCCGGGAAUCACCUAUCGAAGAAAACGUACCACUCUUGGCAUCUUUUGAGGCCGAAUUAUCGAAGAUCAUGAAAGAGAAGCUUGUUGAUUCGCCUACAAUUGAGCCACGGGAACAAAACACCACUCAGACUACCUCACAGUGCCCACCUGCUUCACAUCCUGUACCGAAACCUGCCGAAGUGUUCGCUCAAACUAUGCAAACAUUGCUUACAAGCGUUCGCCACUUAACUUCGGAAUUGAGGGCCAAGCUUCCUGAAGUGGAACGCCGAUUAUCAAAUGCACACCAAACCAUUCCCUCGACAGUAGAAACAACUAUUUUCAAUACUCUCAGCGCCAUCGGUAGCCAUGUUCAGAAUCUUGCAAAUGCUAUGCAAGCCACUGCUACUUCAUCGAGAGCAGCUGCUGACAUGUCCAGGGAAGCUGAUCUGCUGGCCACUGACCAAAUAGUCAAUGGCCUCCGCACCCUAGCAAGAGAUAUUCGACAAAUGGGUCGAACUCUGUUUGCUUCUUUCGAUGCCACGUCCGGAAACGCAGGAUCAUCACAAGAUCGGCAAAGCGGAGAACUCCCUCUAGGAAAUGCAGAUACCCUCAGUCAAUCCAACCAACUGGCUACAUCCUUGUCCAAUGUUUGCCUUGAUAAUUCAAUACCCUCAGACCCUUUACCCAAGGUCUCCACCUCUCCAGCAUCCACAGAAAGCGUGAGCCAGACUGCAUUCCCACAAGAAACGCCAUUGGCAGACUCCAAUUCCAACACUACCCUAUUCAUUGGCAACCUUCAUGAUGCCGUUACCGAACAGGAUGUUGAAGCCGCCUUUGCGGACAAAGGCUUCUUGGGCAAAGUAAAUUUUCCUCAUGAUUUUUCUACGGCCAUCCAUCCGGGCAGUACAUGUUUCAGAAACCAAUCAACGUUGCAAUAUAUCUCGCCCUCUCCCAGACGUCCCCAAAUCUCCGAGACUGUCCGUCUACGGCCCUACGCGGACAUCGGCUCUAGACGAUACCAGGAACUCCAGUACAACCUCCGCUAG